AUGUCCAAGAAACAAGAGUAUAUUGCGAAAAUUCGGUAUCGUAAUGAUCUACCGCCGCCAUUGUUGCCUCCAAAGCUGUUGAAAUUUACUGGACCUAAGAACGAAGAGGCCGUUUCUCCGCAAUUAAUCAGUUCUUUGUACGCCAGAACAAACGUAACACCGCUUAUUGGACUCAAUGCUGAUCUGAGCUUGUCUGUUGAUCUUACCAGGAUCCCAGGCGUGUUAAAUAGCCGGGAUACGAAGAAUCUCUACGGAUUCGAAAAUAUCAAAGUUCAUCCAGAAGACCGGGUCUUGUUGAGAGAUCCACGUGUCGAUCGACUCACCAAGACGGACGUGUCGAAAGUUUCAUUUUUGAGAAGAACAGAAUACGUGACCACGACGUCUGCUGCGAAAUCCAGCAGUCGAAAAAGACCUGUGGCUGAAUUGGAAGAACAACCAGAAGACGAGAUCAUGUCGCCAGAACAAAUUUUGAAACGUGUUGAAACCACAUUUGACGCUGCAAGCCAAGAUCUCGCCAAGAUUCAGCAUCCUACCAAGAAAAAAGUACACGCUGUCAACCGCUGGAGUGUAUUACCGGACACUGCGGCCAUGGAUCAAACGUAUUUCACAAUUCGUAUGAUUGGGUCUGCCGCGCUCGACGGUACUGAGAAACAGAAUCUUGCUCUGUCAACGGCACUGUUCCGUCCCGUGGAAUUGGAAGAAGACGAAUGGGUUUCGUUGUACACUACAGACAAAGCGGCGUCCGACGCUUACGACGCAAAUCGCGAACAAGCCAUCGACGAGUUGGCGGAGGACGAUCGUGUCUAUAAAUUCAAGAGGCUGAGAGACUUUGAGAUGAAACAGCUGUUACCACCUGCGGGUUCUUCACCUUUUAGCGAGCUGGCGUUGCGGUUCAAUAAUGACAAAAAAGUUGUAUAUUACAAAUCUUUGAGAUCCCGUAUUGAGCUUCGGAGGCGGCGUGUCAAUGAUGCUAUCAAACCAUUGGUUGCAGAGCACAAUUUGGACCAAAUAAACGUCAAACUCAGCAACCCACUGACAGAAGAAACUAGAUUGAGAGACAGAAUCAGAAUGAAAUUCGAUCCAAUAGAUUUCCCAAAUAUCGAAGACGAAGAGGAAGACGAAACAAAACAAAAUGAUGCGACUGGCUCGCGUGACACUAGCGAAACGAAAUCAGUCAGCCCAGAAUCUCAAGAAACAAGUGAACAACCAAAGGAGAACUCUUCCAAUACUGAAGUUGAAUGA